ACCCGGACACCUCCCUCACGCCCACACCUCCCUCACAGCUCCCUAAACUGGAAGAAUUAGCCAUUUAUCUCCACAAAUGGGAGUGUCAUAACCAGUUUGGGUCUUUAAAAGGGCAAUAUUGUGGGAGGGUCAACAGGCCGGGGUCACGGCCGCUGGCUCGGCCCUAAUUGGCCGAGAAGGGGACGAUAAGUUUUGCUGGAAUGAAUAUUAGCUACAGUUAUAGAGUGAGAAGUGUGGCCAAAAGCAGAAUUGGAAAGGACCAGAAGGGAAUUUAAAAAGAAAGGGGGAAAGAAGAUGAAAUGACUUUGUGCAGUGAAGCAGAUUGUGGAGAAACCAAGGAAUAUUGGGACAAAUGUAGCCCUUGAAUUUAUGGAAUUUGGAGAAUGUUUAUGACAUGCCAGGAAAGUUGGCAUUUGGGAUGAAGAGGUGGAGGAGUGAUGCUAUUGCUACUCAAGAGUAUGGCCCAGGCUGUCAAUGGACCGACUAUCCGUAAGACAGCGCACCAAAGGUCACCUACUUUCCCGGUCAACGUCCCUACAGCUGAGGUAUGAACGCGAGAGGUUGGAACUACAAAAAAGGGUCACUGAGCAGCUGGUGUCUGAUGUGUUUGGUUUAUACAAAAAGUCACUUUUUGUGGACUUGAAGCUCGAGGCAUCACGAGGCAACGUUUAUUGUCACCAGCUGUUCUUUGCUGCUCGUGUUCCAGCACUGUGGCGCCUACUUCUGGAAAUUGCCAAAUUUCAGCAACCCAACAAGAAGUCUGCUGAAAAUCUUGUUUGCAUACAACUACCAGAUGUUGACUACAAGGAACUUCAAAAAUUUACUCGGAGCCUGUACAGUGACAGGAACAACUCGGCAGCUGGUAUAGCAUUAAGACGCAAGUUAGAAGACACCCUGGCUGUUCUCCAGCAGAGGGCGCUUGUGUAUAGCAAUAAAAUACGAAUUGAGAGACUGAGUAGUGACGAAGAACAUCACGUUCAGCAGCUAAUCCUGAAACAGCUUCAAAAAGGGCAACUGAGCAAGAAAAAGGGGAACAUUCAAGACGUGGAAGAAUUCAUCAGCAAUGGUGUUCAUUGUCCCUACCAGACGUGCACCAUUUCGGAUUGUGAUUCAAACAGCACAGCUACCUUGAAGCCACAAAUGAUAAAACAGAGUUCAAAUAUAUCCAAGUCUGUAAGGCCAAAGUCUAGUCAAAAGGUUUGUGCUCAAAAACCAAAGUCAUUGGGAUACACAAUGAACAUUACAAACCACACUGUUGUAAAUGUUAACAAAUGUGAAAUUAGGGAAAAGCAACCAGAUAGUACGAGUGACAAAGCUGAUGAUCAUUGUGAUACUAAUAUAGAGGAUGGUGUCGAGAGCUCUGCUACACUGACCAGAAAAGGGAAAAUAUCUUUGAAGACAUCACUGCCAACAAAAAGGUCCUCUUAUGAGGACCAAUCCCCCAGUGGGCAAUUAUCUAACCAAGAGUCUCCAGUCUUUAAUGUUUCUAUGAUUAAGGAGUUACAAACAUCUCCCAUGCAAGUUAGUGGGGAAUCCUUUCAAGAUAAGUUGAGAGACAAGAGAGAACGCUCACCUUCGCGCUCUCAAAGGGCUUCCACAAAUGACUUCACUCCUAUUGAAUCCCUUCAUGAUAGAGAUGAAAAGAAAGGUCCACCAAUUUGUUCAAAUGGUCAUACUGGGCAGUUUUAUCCUGAGAAAGUGAAAAUCAAAGAAGGCAAACCACAUAAAUACGGUGCUAUGUCUAGCACAAAAGAAAAUGCAUCCUUACAUCAGGCUAACAUUUUGGCUAGACAGCAGCAAUUACAACAACAGCCAAAAAACCAUGUUCAAUCUGUGUCUACCUCCAAGACAUAUUUGCAUCGAAAAAGUCAGUCAGUUGUUCCAGACUCGCGUGAUAAUGUAGAACUAGAUAAUAACAGUGUUAGCAACAGUGGUAGUGAUCAUAGACUGAGUAAUCUACACGAAACUUCUAGUCUUGAAGUAGAACUUCCUAGCAGCCAUGAAGAAAAUUCCAGUAGCCAUGACUCUGAUGAGAGCCCAGAAGCCUCAUCAAGAAGAUUGGCAUUCAAACCCCCAGGAAAAGAAUGCAAUCAUGUUGUAGGGGAAAAGGAAAAUAACUUAUCAGAGCCAGGUAGAGCCACAACCAUUCCAGUUAAUCCCAUGAGACCACUUGUAAGAGCAAGAACCUAUGAGAUUCUUGAAGGAAUUGCCAGUGGCCCCGACAAGUCUACAGAAGAACCAACAGAAAAGAAGGAAUCGGAACCUGAAGAAUCCGUCGUAAAGACGGAACGGGGGGCAUUAGACGAUGCUCAUAACAACAUUCACAGCUUUGGUACUCCUAAAAGAAGUGUAAGAUCUCAUGGUUUUGGAAAAGAUAACCCAGGCAAUGGGAAGGAGAGAAAAGUUUCUGAUGAAAGUAUAUCAUCAUACUAUGAAAACACAGAUGAUCCUGAGAAGUUAAGGGAAAUGGAGAGAAAGAAAGGUUCACUGAUAUUCGAACACAACUUCCAGACUUACUCUAACAUUCCUACAACUAACAUGAUGACUGCUAGUAUGAUGACUGCGAGUAUGAGUUCUGAGAGUGGUAGUAUGGGUAUGGGAUCUUUGUAUAGCAGUAUGAUGGAUAGUGCCAUGAUGGGUAGUAUUCACUCAUUAGGUGCUCUGGAAGCACCUGUUGUUGAUCCUAUACCACGUCCAGCAUCUGUUGGUCUUCCAGUUGUGCACUCGAUGGAAGAUGUGAAGCAAGAAAUGAGCCGUGCUGUCAGUCGCCGUCCUCCAUUAAGAGUUCAAAAGAGUACAGAUGAAAUGGCUUUGGAGCUCCAGCUGGAUUUAGCCAGAAGAGGAACGGCAACUCGGUCACCUUCUCCUGAUUCUUUAAGUGUUGAUAUUGUAACGAGAAGAGAAUCUGAAACUGUGGACAAGGAAAAUUCACCCAGAAAAGUUAAUAGAAAUAAAUCCUUAGAAACUAGCACUUCAAGUUUAAAAAAAGAAGAGAUGGACAAUGAAGAGAAAGAACAAGAUGAUCGAGAAAAUGAGAGUAAGAGUAGCGAAACGGGACAUAAUGGAGGGAAGUCUGACAAAAAAGAAAUGUCUGCUGAAGAAUCAUCAUUUAAAUCAUUGCCACAACUUACAGGAAGUCCCAGAUUAAGCAGAGAGCUAUCGGAAAACACACCCAUUAUCUCAGGUGGCUCUACUCUGAAGAGAGAGAAGGACACAGGAGAGAGAACAUCCAUCCCUAAAUCCGAGCGGCAAGUUAGUAUUGGGUCAGUUAAGGAUGUAGAUUCUAUACCUCUUGUGUUUGGAUAUAUUGGUCCACAAGAUGAAGAGCAACAUGAAAGUAAAGUGGAAGACAAAGAAGCAAGUGUUGAAGGGGAGGAUGAAAAACAUCAAUCAAUCUUCCCAAUGUUUAUAGAUCUUAAUGACAUACCAUCUCCAUCAAUAGAAGAAGCUAAGGAAACAGAGAAGAAAGAAGCGGCCAAAGUUAAGAGUCAAUCUUCUGCUGUUUACAUGUACAUAGAAGCAGAUACACCUUCUCCUAAGAGCAGAAGAAAGAGGAGGUCAGAGAGUGAUGGUAUAGGCAUUCCAAAGUCCAUAGAGUCUCGUUCAGAAGCAGAAUUCACUUCUCUUCCACCAGUUCUAGCAGGUCCAGCACCCUCUAUAGAAGGGAAGAAAACUCCAGAUAGCAUAAAAGUUGAAGCUAAUGGAAGUUCUGAUGAAGGUGGGAAUAAGGAGAAGAAAGGGUUCUUUAUGUUUAUCGAAGCAGAAUCAUCACCAAAGUUGGGUUCGCCAAAACCAAGACGGCGACCUGCUCCUCCUCCAAAAAAGAAAAGUGAAAAUGCAAUGACCAGAUCUGCGCCCAGUGAUUCCAUUCUAUUUUCAACUCCAGAGAGUUCUAGCAAAUUGAUGACUAAAUCAGUAAUUGAUAGAGAAGAAUUUAUUGCUCAGCCUCCAACAAGGAAGAAUGUUAGCCUAAAUGACAAAAUAAAUGAAUCCUCUACUUCAAGGGAUGGAUCGUUUGUGUCAGGCAUCCCAAGGCCAAUUCACGUUCUCAAAAACAAAGGAGCUUCAUCUAAAUCUAGUAACAGAGCGAAGCCUUCACCUCUUAAGAGAGAGACUAGUUCUCAGAGAGAUCACUCAGUUUCUCGGACUAAAGAUGAACAUACUUCAGAGACAAACGACAUGGCCACAAGCCGAGACAUAUCUGUAUCGGAACUUGGUCCUUCUCAAAGUGUGUCUUUCAGUGAUAUUGUAUCGGCUAGUCUUCCUCAAGAAACUGAACCUUCUGAAGUGUCAGACGUAAGCAGUCUUCUCAGCAGCAUCGAACGCUCAAAUGGGCCCUCAGAUCAAGGAGACAAGGAGCCGUGUUCGAGACUGGGAGAAGAUUUGCUGCGGAUGUUCUUGAAUGAAAUAAAUACUGAUGUUGCUAUACAGAUUGGCGAGAAGCGUAUCCGAGCCCAUAAAUGCAUCUUAGCUUCGCGGUGCGUCUACUUUGCUGCCAUGCUCUCGGGACACUGGGUGGAAAGUGCCGGCAAUGUUAUUAAGUUGCAAGGAUUUUCUGCCGAUUGUGUUAUGGUGGCAUUGAAGCACAUAUAUAGUGGGACAAGUACAGUGCCUGAGGGGGUGAGAGUUGGGGAGCUUGCGGCACUGGCAGAUAUGCUGGCACUCGAUGGGCUCAAAGAUGUCAUUUCUUUACAUCUAAAAGCUAAAAUGUGUCAUUACUUUCAUAAGCCAUGCUCAGGAUGUCUUGAAGGAGUGUUGGAUGUUUUACCCAUCGCUGGUGCCUAUUGUCUUGAUGAUCUUUAUCACCGAUGCUUGCGGUGGGUGGCCAAGCACUUUGUGGUGGUGCUGCCUACUCGGAAUUUUGCUGCCCUUCCUCCCGAGGUGCAGGAUCGAUGCCUUAAACAGCUGCUGGAUGAUAUGAGUGUGAGUAACGUGAUAGAUACUGCCUUGGGAUGUGAACGAGUAUUAUCAUCUUUACCAAUGGUCAGAUGGGCCCAGCCUGUGUUUGACUCUGCAGCACAGUUACUUGAAGCAGCUACUAGCUUCAUAGCUGCCAACAUGAGUGGAGUGUUGACGUCUGACAGGUUUAUUGGCUUGGGACGAGAUAGUGGGUGGAGCAUAGAGAGUUUACAAGACACAAUGCGUGUUGCAUGCGAGUUGAUACGUCCAGACCAGGCUGUUCUCUCACACCUUCAACUGGCAAAGUUCCUUGAGCAGAGUCAAGAGGAUGGACUACUUGAAGUCUCUGAGAACUAUCUCAACUUCCUUGAAACCAUACUGAAUCAGAUAGAAAAGUUUAUGAUUCAUAAUGCCAACCGAGUAGCAGUUUGUCGCAAGUGGCCCUUGCUCUCUACUAGUACACAACGAAGAAUUAAGGAUGCUGCUCUUGUAGUGGUUGAAUUUUCCCGACCUACUGCCCCCAGACCUAAGUUCUCUUCUGCAAAUAGGAGACUACGAGGUACCAGUAGUGAAAGCAGCGGUGUACCCGGUCGAUCUGGUGACCAUAGGUUGAUGCGAAGUGCCAGUGCCACAGCUGUUCCAUCUUCUCAAAGGGUAGGUGUGAGGCGGCCACCUGCGUCUGGCCAAGAUCCUACACGAUGCCAGACUCCGCCAGCUAUUCUCUCCCGUCCUCGCACCCAAACCCCCCCUCCAACACGCGCCUCAACUCUACGAGCACAAGCUAGGCAGGCAGCUAUACAGAGAUCACAGUCUGCUCGCACAGUAGCUGAACGUCCCCGAAGACCUAGACAGGGGAAUGACACUUCAACGGACGAAGAUACCCAUUCUAGUAACAAACGAGCAACGCCAGUUGGGGGCUUCACCCGUGGGGCAACAUUUACCCGGUCAUUGUCUCGACCCGAACCAGGUCGACCAAAUCCCCAAACUCCAACAAAAGCGCCAGCUCCUGCUUCCCGCCCGUGCACUCCUGGACCUCCAGAACCCUCCCAGUUGCCCAGGAGAACCACAACUGUCAAUCGCACACCAAGCCACACGACCACAGGUAGCUCUGCUUCUGAGGAUGAGUUGCCCCUCAAAAAAUCCACCACCACUCCACAAGGUCGGACUUUGACCUCCCUAAAUGAAGGGUCUGGAAAUGAAGCAAAGCUUGCUCGGACCCAGUCAACAGAGGCAAGGUCUCGAACACCUACCCGACGACCAGAGCUCCGAAGCAGCAUCACAAACCUCAGUAAGGCAGGUCGCAGCCAGCAGGAGAGCCAGCCAUCUCCGCAGUGCCAUUCCGACAGUGGUUCCCACACUCCAAGGACACCCAAGGUUGACAAGACAGAACCAAGAAGACAGAGUGAUGUCAAGAAUGGCAACAUCACGCGAACAAGAGCAGUCAUGGGGCGAAAAUCUACCAGGUCUCCCAUGAGGGAGCCUGGACGUGUUACUGGGCUAGCAACAGGAAGGGGUACUAGUCCAACCCCUUCAACCACGUUUGGUUCAGGUAUAACAGGCUGCAGAAGCAGAUCUUCCAGUGUUACAAGUAGACCAAUCGGUAGUACUGCUAUACCUUCACCAGCUGUUGGCAGCCGCUCAAAUACUUUUAGUAAAGAUGACAGUAAAUGUCCAAGUAGAAAGCCAGUUCUACCAUAGCAUGUUUACAUAACAGAGAUUCUAAACUGCACACAACUAGUUCAUUUAAUUUGAGUUUAAAUAUACAGUACUGUAUUGGUUUAAUUUCAAUGUUACAGUUAUGGAUAAAACAGUUUAUGUAAUUUAAAAACUGGGCUGCAUCCAAUCAGGCAAAAUAUUGCAGUUUUGCUACUAGAUAACAGUAGUUUUUUCUCCAUAGGACAUGAUCAUGUACUGCAGUUAAUAGUUAUUUUUCCAUGAAUAUUGCCAGUGGAAAUAGAAUUCUAUCGAAAUAUACCUGUACCGUAAAACUUGUUUGAGCAAUUAAUUCGUAUGUGAACAUAUGCAUUAGCAUGACAAUAUAACUUCAGUACUGCACUCAGGAAAAGGAAUUACUAAUAACUAAUCAUCUAUAAGUACACAUAUAUCCUGAAGGAAAUCCUGCAUUUACUCGUCUAAUAUAUAUUUCCUUUUGCGACAUGUCACGAUUCUAUAUUUACCUUUAAGCAGGCUGCUUCACUGCUGCUAGUGAUUGUCCAAAUCGGUACCGUGAUUCCUCUAGUCAAUCACCUCUUUAACUAAAGAGGUUGCAUAUGAUUCGUGGAGAUAUAGAUCUCUAGUGCCAUAUAACAAAUACCGGUUCUAUAACUGGCUCUGCAUUGUGCCAUUUAGAUGUGCAAUUUGUGAGUAGAACAAACAGAAAAUAUUGAUUUCUAUAUUUUGCUUUACUUUUGUUACAGUAAAUUUUAAGUUUAGAUUGUCUGACAUACAUCCAAAGUGUUGUGGUUGAACUAAAUACUAUAGCAGUGAGCGGCAAUAUGAUGACAGCAAUUGCAGUGGCUCAGUAAAUCAUAUGCUGAUUAAAGUGCUCGACAUAUAUUCUUACAUAAUGCUGGUUAAAGGCCUUGAUAUAUAAAUACUUUGCCAUAGAAAGGCCAUUUAAUUUAAACUUUUUGUAUGUAUAAAAUGAAUAAGUGCUUUGUAUUUUCAUAGCUUGCUAUAUACCAAAGAUAAGAUUAUGAUCUUGAUUUUUGCAACGGUUGCUUUUCUGAUAUCUGUGAUAUUUCAAUAUAAGUAUUUUAGUUACAGAUAGGAUAGCAUAUGCACAAAAGCAUUUAUAUAUUGAGUUAUUUUUUCCAUGUUUGUAUAUACAUGUCUGACUAAAGUAUAAAUUACCUUUGCUUUUAAGCUGCAGAUUAUAUUAUGCCUUCGUACUUGAAGGAGUAAAUUUAUUAGGACAAAAUAAUUUUAUAUAAUUGUUUUCGUGUAUGCUUACUCGUUUAUCCUGCGAAAAGGGUAAUGAAGUAAUGAACAAAAUUGUAAUUAUUUUACAUGAAUUUUACGAAGUUCAUUUGUAUAAUGAAAUGAUAUUGUACAAGGACUUUGCAGUUUGCUACCUUCCUCUUGAAAGUAUUAUGCCAAAAGUGACUACUUAUUGUAUGAGAGUUGUAACAUUAAUCCAAGUGUAAUGAUACAAAAAGAUUAGGAUUAGUUCCCCAAUGCAUUUGCAAAGCUGUGCCACUAAUUUUCACCCCAUUAUUAUUUAAGUUCGUUUCACUUCCUCCAAAAUUAGUGCAUGUUCUUUUUUAUGCGUUAAAAAAUAUGUACACAAAUUUUACUUCAGUGAGUGUUUAAUUGGCUGCUUCUGGCAUGAUAGUGUGCAAGCCUUUUCCUUCAGCUAAUGUAAAUUAUGGAGUACAAUACCGCUCUCCUUACUAGUCCCAUAGCUAUUAAUGUGAAUCAGGGUUGUCAUGUGUCAUGGAGAUGGAAUAAUAUAUGAAUCUAGCUAACUUCA